AUGGAUCUCUCUUCACUACACUCUGAUUCUCCCAUUCAACCAGAAGAAGACGAGUGGGACACCGAUGGAUUUGUGAUUCCGAGUCUUGGAAUUGAAGAGUCUGAUCAAAGUAAAGAAAAUGUUGCAAGCAUAGAACCAUCAAAUUCUGCUGCAAAGGUGAAAAAGGAAGAGAACAUCUAUCUUGGCCCGCACGGGGCGCCUCCUUCACAAUCAAAACAGAAGGAAGAGGCAAAUUUAUCGAACCGGAAGCAGCGGUUCAAGCAAAAGCUGAAAGAAGCCGAUAAGAAAAAUAGUGGGACAGGUAGGGAGAAUAAAUUGGAUAACUUGAGGGAGCUUGUUGGCGCAGGGAAAGCAAAUGCCGGCAUGGCCAAGAGAUCUUCUCCUAAGGACUGGUUAGAUCCACAUUGUCAUGAAGCUGAGUUUGAGAGGAGGUGA